GUCUCUUCCUCCUCCUUCUCCUCCUCCACCGCCGUGCCAGCCAUUCCCACGCCAGCCGGGAGCGCAUCGCCGUCUCUCGCCAUGGAGUACCAGCAGGCUGCUGAAUGGGCAGCGCAGCACUUGGAGAGCUACCGGAAAGACCCCAGCGGCUGGAGCGGCUUCAAGCGAGCGAAUAAUGUUACAAUAUCUUGGAGACCUUCAACUGUAUUUUCUGGAAACCUAUACAGAGCGGAAGGAGUUUUAGCGGCAAAGCCAGAGGACGUGUUUAAAUGUAUCAAGCCAGAGACUGAUGGACUUAGAGAAAAAUGGGAUGACAACGUGAACAAAAUACUAGUUGUUGAAUCCAUAAACGAUAAUAUUUGUGUCCUGAGAACAACCACGCAUUCGGCUUUUAUGAAUUUGAUCUCCCCAAGAGAGUUCUUAGAUGUGGUCCUGAUCCAACAGAACGAGGACGGUUCAAAAAUGACUGCUGCAACCAAUGUGGAGCAUCGCCUUAGUCCUCCUCAGCCCAAUUACGUCAGAGGCCUGAAUUUUCCCUGCGGCUGUUUUGUCAAUCCUGUUCCAGGGGAUCCAAACAAGACCCGCCUCCUCAGUUUCUUUCAGACUGAUCUGAGUGGGAACCUCCCACAGAAAAUCGUUGAAGCUUUCUUUCCAAGGAGCAUAACAGCGUUUUAUGGGAAUUUGGCUAAUGCAGCUGUCACAUUAGUGGCUUAGGUUUGUCCCCUGUUCCCCCCCCACCUACCCUUUCACAAAUGGAAAACAUAGCUGGGCUGUAUAUUAAUAAUACUGAGGCUGCACUUUGCAAAGGCACGUGUAGUUCCCGGGGCUGAACUGUGAUCUGUUCAAAAGGAUGCACAUGAAUUUCUCCUUCAUUUAGAUGGAGAGCUUGUGAGCCCAGGUCUAGAAUUAAAUAGCAUUUUAUUCACACUGCUCUGGUCUGACCUUGCUAAGGACUCUGAAAAGAAAUGAAUCUCUCCAGGUUUUGGUUUGCAAGAAAGGCUUUCAAAGAUAGUGACACCUCAACAGGAAACAGUUGGACAGUAAUUCACUGUAAAUCAGAAAAGCAAGUAAGAAGAUCUGAUGCUGUGUCUUUGCCAAAUUCCAUGCCUUGCUUUAUCUUUCACAAUGAUGACAGCAUCACUCAGAGCUCCUGAGUUUAAAUCUCCACCCAGGUGCCUUUCAAGAGUUCCUUUCAUGUGGUCUAGCUGCUUUGAGCCAAUGAGGCUUUUCCUGCUAAAGUGAAAAAAAGACUCUGAAGAAACCACAUUUGUUUUUCAUAUGUUCUCCUCCCAUACCAUAGAAAUAACAAAUAUCUGCCUGCAUUUUAGCCUGCAUAGCAGGGGGAAAAAAUCCUGACUUAUAAGCCUUCUGUAGGAAGAGAGAUGUUUAUGCACAGAAACAUUCAAGCGUAUGAAACUCUUAAACAUGAGGGGAAAAUGUGGUUAUGGUAAAUUUUGGUUGAUUAUAGAACAGCAGGUUGUCAGAGACGAUGAUUUAACAAGAAACUAAGAUAAACAUCAGCCAGUUUUGCGCUGUAGAUCCUGUUUAGAGAGAAAGACCUCUGAAGCAUGUCUG